AACCCGUUUGAGCUUUAACCUGAAGGAACGUCCGCUUUGGAUUGGAGACGGCAGUAAACGGUCGAAUUUUGAAAUCUGCGCGAGAAGAACGAAAAGGAAUAAGGUUGGAAUCGUGGAGAAGGCGGCAGGAGGAGGGACUGGAGCAUGAGUUUGGAUUUGGUUGAGAGUACUUUCUUUGACCUUCAAAGUUCUAAUAUAAUGGAUGAACAAUGUGACCCAUUGAUACCAGUGGAGACUACAGGAAGGCCAUCAAUUCUUCGAAUGUCUCAGAAGGAAAACUUCCCUCCCAAAGGGUCAACAAAACUAUCAAAGGUGUCGUUUCAGACUCCUUUAAGAGACCCUGUUACACGCAAAGUACUUGGCUCACAUCUGACUAAUAAAUUGGAUGCACUUGAGGCUGGAAUAAAUUAUGGGUGGAGCACUGGCAGUCUAGGAAGCCUUGAAGUGACUGAGGAAAAAAGACAUGAAGACUCUGGAGGUACUUCUGACUCUCUGGGUUCUAAUCUGCAACCAGAGAAAACAGAGGCCAAACCAACUACUGCCAAUGAUGUUGGACUUGGGGAUGAAGAGCAUAUUUCGUCCAGAGGAACAUAUACGCUUGAUUUUGAUAUGCUCAAUGCAAUAAACCCUUUUCAGGGUGUGUCCAAGAUCUUAAACUCCCCGGCAAAGAAAUUGACUGACACGGAGCUUGACUGUCUGGAACAACAUACUGAGAUUUUCUCAGUGAAUGACCAAACACUGCCUAACAAAACUACACAUCUGUCAAAACUCUCUCCCUCCAACAGCAAUGCAGAUCAUGGUACAAGUGUAUCAAAAGAUUUCCAACAGGUGGAAAGUCAAAGCAACAUUGAACAGAACUGUGAGGUGAUCAUAUCACAGACAUCAUCCAACUAUGAGGAAGACUGUCUUGAGAAGGUGGAUCAUAGUGCAACUCAGAAAAAGGUGCAAAUUUCACAACUUCACCCAAAAGAUACUCUCAAUCUUGAUUCUAACAAUAUUGACUUUUUUAUUACCCCAUUCCAAACAGGAGGGCCAAAACUUCCCAAUGUGCCACCUGGGCAUAAUCAAUUGUCUCAAAAUGCAAAAGUUGUUGACUUAAUGCAACCAGUGAGGUUGGAGAUUGAAUUCAACAAUGGUUGUGUUGAAGGUGAGAAGCCCCCACCAAAAAAGUUGGGGAACAGACCAGGAGGCCAGUUGCAGCUUAAAAAGCCAGGUGUGACUACAAAGAAGAUGAUAAAUGGCAGAUCAGAAAAGCAGACUAAGGAAGCUGCAAAGCAGAAUGCAAAAACUGGUUCUGAUGAUGCUUUAGUCCCGAAGAUGGCGUACAACAUUGAGUGGGACAAACUGGAUAACCCAAAUUUUAAUCCUUUUGGCGGAGGCUCUAAAAUUGGUAAUUCUCCCAGUUCAUCUAAAUUACCAACAACCAAUUCUGAUGGACUGUGUACACCAGAUUCAGUAGAUGAUGUGGAGUCUAAUGCAAAAGAAAUGGAUCAGCUGCAGAGGCCAGAUGAAGGUUCUAAAAUUGGUAAUUCUUCCAGUUCAUCUAAAUUACCAACAACCAAUUCUGAUGGACUGUGUACACCAGUUUCAGUAGCUGAUGUGGAGCCUAAUGCAAAAGAAAUGGAUCAGCUGCAGAGGCCAGAUGAAGGUUCUGAAAUUGGUAAUUCUUCCAGUUCAGCUAAACUGUCAGCACCCAAUUCUGAUGGUCUGUGUAUAUCAGAUUCAGUAGAAAAUAUGGAGCCUUAUAUAAAAGAAAUGGAUGAGGUACAGGAGCCAACAGGUUUUGCUGAGACAAUUAACACUAAUGAAGUUCCUACUACGACUGUCAAGCAACCUUCCAAAAAGAGCACUUGCAAAGUUAAACCCAUGAUGGAAGUCUCAGCAAUUCCUUUAUCGCAGGAUGGUGUCCCUUCACCUACUGCUGGAAACGUUACUGAGACCAGGCUGGCAAUUGGUUUAGAAAGAUUAAUUGCUGAUGCCAGAGUACCAUCAACAAUGAGUGAUACGGAACCACUGGAUGUUAUUGACUUUGGCUACUCUGUGCCAGGAUCCUCUGCAUUCCGUAAUGCUAUUAUUGAAGAUGAAGCUGAAGAAUUCAGGCCCGCUGACCAAAUUCCAGCAUUUAAUCAACCAAUAGAAAUUGAUUACCUGGAACAGUUUGGCCACUCUUCAUUCCAUGCUUCUGCUUUGAGAAAGCAAUCUCUCUACCUGAAGUUUGAUCCCCUUUUGAGAGAAAGUCCUGUUAGAUACAAUGAGACUAAUCUCGGUUUGACUAACCGAGCAACUGAUGGUUCUGGCGUUGUGGAUCUUGAAACCAGACUACCUCUGCAUGCUGAGCAAUCAGAAGAAUUGGUUGAUAUUACUACCUUGAUCCCUGACAUCCAAUCCAUCAUCAAUCCAGUAGCUGAUUUUGCAUCAGUUGCCAUUCCUACUGAGGAUGCCAUUAUUGAAGUGCUUAAGUACAGUCAGAAGGACAUGGAUGCUGCAAUUCUGGCUGUAAAGGAAGAGGUUACUUGUGAGAAAGCCAUAACUUUGGAAUGGAAACAGAAGUAUGAGGAAAGCCUGGCACAGUGUGCAGAAAUGAAAAAAAUUGUUAAUGAAUAUUCUGAAGUGACCUUUCAAAUGAUGGAGGAAUCUGGCAAGAAGAGUGAAUUGGCCAAGGCAGAGCUGGAGAAAGUAACAGAAGAAAAGAUGCAAGCCUUAAAGGAGCUAAACUCAGUUGAAAACUCAUUUUCUGAGUUGUUUAAGCGAUUUGAAAAACAGAAGGAAGCAAUUGAGGGUUACAAAAAAAAUGAAGAGUCUCUAAAGAAAUGUGCUCAGGAUUAUCUUGCAAGGAUUAAGAAGGAAGAGCAAAGGUACCAGGCUCUGAAAGUUCAUGCUGAAGAAAAAUUGAAUCAAGCAAAUGAAGAGAUAGCACAAGUACGUAACAAAUACAAGGCUGAGAUUGCUGCUCUCCAGGCUCACCUACGCAAGGAGCAAAUGAAAGCCAAUUCCUUGGAAAGGAGUCUGGAACAAAAGACUAAAGAAAAUGUGGAACUAUCAAAAAUCUGUGAUGAACUAAUUUCCAAGAUGGAGAAGAUCUGAUUUUUUUUUCCUCAUCUGACUUGUAAAAACUAAUGUAUCCUGUCGUCCUCCUUUGACCUCAAAUAUUGCUGCCUCAUUUGAACUCCACUGUUUCUGCCUUUUUUAUAUAACUCUGAAUAUAUUUUUUUUUAGAAACAAUUAAAGUUGAAUAUUAGAAACCUGCCAUGUGUACAAAAGUUUAUGGUAAUAUUUGUGAUAUCCUGAUCAAGUCCCAAAUUGGUAACCUCCCUCAAUAAAUGUUAGCAAUUAAAUAGCUUUUAAUUUUUUUCCCCUCAAACCACUGCCUAUUUUCUUUGAAUAGUUGGAGAACACCUGGACUGUUGAGUGAUCUGCAUGUUUUCAUUAGUCGAGAACCUUGUGGCAUUUGUGAUUAAAUAUUUAACAGAUGAAAUGCUCAUUUGAACUCCCCUUAUAAUAUAGUCAAUAAUGGGAAGGCUUUACUUGUCCCAUUUAGUAGUACAAACAAUCGCUUAGCAGUACAGAACUUGCAUAUUGCUGAAAAGAGACAUGUUGCCAAAGCUUUUCAUCAGAACAAAAGCAAGAAUGCUAAAGUUCAAAUAAUCUCCACAAUUAUUUGAUUUGAUUAGCCAAUUGUUGAGAUGAUUUGCCCAUGUACCUGGCGUUGCACCAGCACAAAUUCAUUCAUGACGUUGUGUGUUGGGAAAACAUCUUUGAAUUGGCAGCAUCCUGUUAAUGGAAAAUAACACUUGCGUCACCACUGCAGAGUUGUAGCAUGAAACAACUUGGUUAAUUUUUUGCUCAAACUUUUCCUUUUCAGGGUAAUUUGAGGUUGACUGGGCAUUUUUUAGGUCUGAAUGGUCCUUUGGCUCAUUUGUUCGCUGUGUAUUGCAUAAAACUUGCAAUGAUCUGAUUAGGAUAGCCUUAUGCUCUUUCUGUAUCGAGUUUGCAAGGUGAGCUAGGACCCUAUACAUGUUGGGAUUAUUAUAGUUUCACAUGCUAGGGCUUUAGUCAUUUGCUCACCUUAGUGCUACAACUUCUUUAACAUCAGAAAUCCUGACGAUUGCUGAUCAAAUCAAACUUGUUCCUUUGGCUGUUCGUAAUAGAGUACAGAACACACUUAAUCAACCCCGUGCUUGCAAAACCGAAAUCAAAACCUGUUCAAUGUCAUUCUGUGAUUGGGCAGCACUUGUUGAACAAUCUUGAGUGCUAAUAGCCACAUUAAUAACCAAUUUAAGAUAAUCAGUCAAGCUCUUUAACAUGGCUUAUUUUCAUUUGUUAAAAGCAGCAUAAUUUAUGCAGGGACCUUGUCGCUCCAAACAAAAGGAAUAUGUGCUACUCUUGCCCUUUUUGAAUUGCCCAGAAACAUGAGCCCAUUGGCUGAGGCAUUCCCAUAGAGAAAUCAAGAAACAAUCAGACCUGACAUGUUAACCAAUUGGCAUCCUUUUUUCUCCUGUGGUAUAAAUUGCUGAGAUUGUUUGAAAUUUGGCAUUCUUGUGUUUGUCUUGGUAAUUGCAAGAUGAAAAGCUUCUCAUUUCUUCUUUCAGUAAUAUUAGUAUGACUUCCUUAACAUCAAUCUUUUUUACUGCUUAGCUAAUGGAUUAUUAAUAUGUGUAUUUGUUUGAAUAAAAGGUUUAAGAUCUUG